AUGAUAACCAAGUACUUCACCAAAGUCUCUGUGCGGUUCAACCCCUUCUCUGAGGCCGCCAAGCCCGUCAGGCUAUUUAUUGGAAGAAUUCCUGGCGUCCAGAAGAGCGGGUGCACAAUCGACUACAAGAUCUUGAAUGGUAACGAGGAGCCACUCGUGAAGGUUACCUUUAAGGACAAAAACGUAAUGGAGAUCAAUCCAGAAAAUAAGAGAUUUGAAGAUUUGAGGGCUUACUUCGACGCCCACUCGAGAAAGUUGGCUCUCAAGGAUGCCAUUCUGGAGUAA